UGUCCUCCCCGCCGCGGCCGCCGGAGCAGUUUUGGGGUCCCACCAUGAGCAGCUCCCUGGACCUGGACGGAGCCCCCACCCUGGACGAGCUUCUGAGGGGCUGCGUCGAUGCCUUCGACGCGCAGGGGAAGGUUCGGGACCCCCAGCUCGUCCGACUCUUCCUGGCGACGCACCCCUGGUACCUGCCCCAGGCAGAGGUGGCCGGGAAGCUGCUGACCCUGGUGCAGGAGUCGGGGGGCUCGGCCGAGGGUCCCUCCCUGCGCCUCAAGAUUGGCCACUUGGUCCGGUACUGGGUCCGGGCUUUCCCGCGGGAGCUUUCGGGGGACCCCCAGGUUUUGGGGCGGCUGCGGGAAUUGGGGGCGGCGCUGGGGGGGGACCCCGAAAAUCCCCUCGGUCUCGAGAGCCUCCCGGAGGAAGGUGAUGAAGGUGACGAUGAGGAAGGUGACGGUGACACCGGAGGCGCCCCCGGGGGGGGUCCCGCGGGGGGUCCCGGGGGGGUCGUGGCCCCCCCCCGAGCGCGGUUCUCGAUGCUGCUGGAGCCGCUGGAGCCGCCCGAGCUGGCGCUGCUGCUGACACACCUGGAACACCGAGCGUUCAACCGGCUGCGGCUGUGUGACAUUCGCUCCUUCGCGCGCUCCGCGGGCACGCGCAGCUCUGUGUCUCUCCGCCGCUUGGUGGCGCUGUCCAACGGGCUCUCGCGCUGGGUUCAGCUGCGCGUGCUGCGCCCCCUGGCGGCUCCGCAGAGAGCGGCGGCGCUGGGGCAGUGCCUGCACCUGGGACAGAGCCUCCUGGAGCUCCGAAACUUCAACUCCCUCCUGGCCGUGGUCGGGGGGCUCGGCCACGGCUCCAUCGCGCGGCUGCGCCGGACCCUGGCGCUGCUGACCCCUCCCCUUAUCCAGCUGUGGGCACAGCUGGCCGAGGCCGUGGGCUCGGGGGGGAACUACCGGGGGUACCGGGCGUUGUUGGGGGGCGCGGGGGGCUCGGGGGGGGCGGCGCUGCCGGGCUGGGGGGGCCCGGGACGCCCCCACCCAAAUAAACUGCGGGCCCGCUUCGCCCUGCAAGGGGCGCUGCUGGCGGGGCGCGAGCAGGGACCCCCCGGGACCCCCCACCCCGACCUGCUCCGGCUGCUGGAGUCCAUUUUCCGGAACUUUGACGUGGACGGGGACGGGCGGAUCUCGGUGGAGGAAUUUGGGAUCGUGCGGGAAAAUUUCCCCCACCUGCCCCCCCUGGGGGAGCUGGACACCGACAUGUGA